CGUCCAUGUACCCUCGCCACUCUUGCAAUUCCUUCAUGUUCCCUUCUUCUAACAAAACAAGCUCCUUUAAAGCAUUCUCAUCGGUGUCCCGCAGACAUGACUGAAGAAGAUCUUCAUCCUGAGAAACACAAUCCCCUCCACUUUAAACAGGAGCCGGAGAUGUUGUACAUCAAACAGGAAGAGCCACUCACCCCCUCCGUUAAAGAAGAACAGGAAGAUGAAAUCAUUGCAGGGAUCGUCGGUGUGAAGAGCAAAGAAGAUGAAGAUCCAAGCGAAGAGAACGGAGCAGCGACACCUUCGAGCGACAGCUCAUUUCAACACCUGCCAACAAAAGAAGAGGGAGGAUCGCAACAGGACGGCUUCUUAGCUCCGCUUUCGGAUAGCGACGACGUAACGUCACACUCUUCUGACACUGAUACUAAUGAGGAGGAUGUUGACUUUGACCAAAAUGCUUUGAAAUCCUUCAACUGUGCUGGUGGGAAACCCUUUGCCUGCACAUUUUGCUACAAGGGAUUUUCUCGGAAGACUCAUUUAGAAAUGCAUAAGCGUACACACACUGGAGUAAAGCCUUUUGCCUGCACAUAUUGUGGUAAAAGAUUUACCCAGAAGGGAAGUUUAAACACACACACAAGAACACACACUGGAGAGAAGCCUUUCACCUGCUCACGUUGCGAUAAAAGGUUUUGUCAGAAGAUACUGUUAGAAAUCCACACGCGUACACACACUGGAGAAAAGCCUUUUGUCUGCACACAUUGCAACAAAAGAUUUGCUCAGAAGUCUCAUUUAACAACACAUAAUCGUACACACAGUCGAGAAAAGCUCUUUGUCUGCAAAUUUUGUGGUCAAAGAUUCGCCGAGAAGGGAAAUUUGGACAAACACAAAAGCACACACAGUGGAGAGAAGCCUUUUGGCUGCUCACAUUGUGGUAAAAGAUUCACUCGGAAAGGAGAUUUAGUAUUGCACACAAGAAGCCACACUGGGGAAAAACCUUUUGCCUGCACACUUUGCGACAAAAGAUUUUCUCAUAGUUCUAAUUUGAUAAACCAUACACGUACACACACUGGAGAAAAGCCUUUUGCCUGCUCAAUUUGUCAUAGAAGAUUCUGUCACAGGGCAUCUUUAUACAAACACGCAAUAACACACACUAGAGGGAAACCUUUUGACAGUUGAAUUUAUGGUAAAAGAUUCACUCAGAGGGGAGAUUUAGUAUCGCACGGAAGACGCCACACUGCGGAAAAACUUAAGAAUUUUAGUAUGUGACAAGAUAUAGACCCUACUCACCUACGUCACAAAAUGACGCCAUAUUGUCCGUAUUUUUAGACCUAUUCUCAUUGUUUUCAAUUAGUCGUGCAAGUUAUACAGCAAUUCAUGGA